AUGGGCAGCGUUGUCCCAGGGCCGACAAGCGAUAAAAAUGAGGAGAGCUCGGAGUCCUUCGAGGUUUUUUGGGAUGAGCCGAUUGACCAAGACUCGGAAAAUCCUAUGAAUUGGAGCCUGGCUCGGAAAUGGACCAUUGUCGCAGCCGUCUCUUUCAUUACAUUUUUAACUCCACUCGCAUCGUCGAUGUUCGCACCCGGUGUACCUCAAGUAAUGGUGGAUUUCGAAAGCAGUUCAAUCAUCCUCGCCACCUUCGUCGUUUCGGUUUACAUACUCGGAUUUGCAUUUGGGCCGCUAAUCGUCGCCCCGCUUAGCGAAUAUAGUGGCCGACUGGUGGUUUAUAACACUUGCAACGUCCUUUUUCUGGUCUUCAAUAUUGCCAGCGCGUUGGCUCCGAACAUGGCUUCUCUGGUGAUUUUUCGAUUUUUGGAUGGUAUUGUGGGUGUGACACCAACAACAAUUGGCAGCGGGACGAUCGUAGAUGUGUUUCCCACUGAGACCCGGGGUCGAGCGAUGGCACUUUGGUCCUUAGGGCCUCUCUUUGGGCCCAUCAUAGGACCAGUUGUAGGUGGGUAUUUGGUCGAAGCCACAAGCUGGCGAUGGGUUUUCUGGGUUCUUUCCAUAGUGGGCGGAGUCUCGUCAAUUGCCUUCUAUUUUAUCGUUCCCGAAACGCAUACCCCGACUAUUCUCGCGCGGAAGGCAGCGCGUCUAAGCAAGGAGACAGGGAAUAAUGCAUAUAAAUCUCGACUUGAUGACGGACUUCCUGCGAAACAAAGGUUUUUACAGAGCAUUCUUCGUCCCUCGAAUAUGCUGUGCCGUUCGACCAUCAUAGCGUCUAUGUGUAUUUACAUUGCGGCGCUUUACGGUAUUCUAUACAUUCUGUUCACAACAUUUACAGAGGUUUUUGAGGGGCAAUAUGGAUUUUCGUCUGGCGCAAGUGGCCUCUCGUUCCUGGGAAGUGGUGUUGGUAUGCUACUUGGCCUGGUUUAUUCCGGAAGUCUAAGUGACCGCAUGAUCAAGCUCAGGUUGAAAAGAAAUGAGCAACCGCAGCCAGAGGAUCGGCUUCCUUGGUAUAUUGCGAUACCUGGUCCGUUGAGUAUCCCAAUUGGGUUAUUUAUAUACGGAUGGGGCACCGAUAAACAAGUCCACUGGAUUGUUCCCGAGAUCGGAAAUGCCGUGACAGGGUACGGCAUGAUCAUUACUCUUAUGGGAAUUCAGACUUACUUGGUCGAUGCUUUCACACAGCAUGCUGCGAGUGCAAUUGCAGCAUGUACUGUUCUACGGAGCUUAGCUGGCGGUCUUCUACCCUUGUGUGGAUUGAAGCUAUAUGAUAAGUUAGGCUUGGGAUGGGGCAAUACUCUGCUGGCUUUCAUUGCUUUGGCCAUGGCACCUAUUCCUAUAUUAUUUCAGUUCUUUGGGGCGCAGCUGAGGGCUCGAUCACAGCCCCUCAAAUAG